ACUGUCAACAGUGACCUUACGUGGUUUUUUAUUAUUAGAGUUUAGAAAUAUUAUUGCAAUACACGAUGAAAUUUAAAUCAUUUACAGUCAAUCUAGAGAUUUUAUCACAGAACAUAUGGUGCAGUGAACGGCGCAAUUAUGUUGUUUAUAGGUAGGCCUCACGAAACUGAAGACAUGAAGUGUGGUUGCAAAUUAAAAAUUAACACAAAAAUGAUUGUAGAUAGAUGUAAAACUGUGGUAAUCUUGUCGAGCGUGGUGUGUACCCUUGCCGUUGUCAUAUCGCUGCACAAAUUGUUAAACCAUGAAACAAAAUUCGCGAAACCAUUUGCACCCAUACCAGAUGGCUUGUAUGGAAACUAUUUGGAGCCUAUUCCUGAAGAAACUCCGAGUCCGCCCCCUCGGAAACCGUAUGAUAAAACUCGCGAUGCUGAAGCAGUCGUUUCGUUAAAUGCCGCGUUGGAAAUGAAAAAGGUUGGUAAAGAUGACAAAGCAUUGAAAUUGUUUCAACAUGCAUUCGCCCUGUCGCCGAAACACGCAGACAUAUUAAAUCACUACGGAGAGUUUUUAGAAGACACUAAGAAGGAUAUUGUGAGAGCAGAUCAACUGUACACAUUAGCUUUAACAAAUUAUCCUGAGCACACUGGAGCGUUAGAGAACAGGCAAAGGACAGCCAGCAUAGUGGAGAACUUGGACAGAGAGAUGUUGAGGAAAAUCGAUGAGAAGAGGGAUGCACUAUCAUCCAUACCAGAGAGUAACUCAGCUUUACGGAGAGCUAAGAAAGAGGCUUACUUCCAGCACAUAUACCACACUGUAGCCAUUGAAGGCAACACCAUGACAUUACAACAAACACGUAGCGUGUUAGAAACCAGAGUAGCAGUCUCUGGAAAAAGUAUAGAUGAACACAAUGAAAUCCUAGGUCUAGAUGCAGCUAUGAAGUACAUUAAUGCGACUUUGUUGUACCGUUUACGAGCAAUCACAAUGGGUGACAUUUUAGAAAUUCAUAAAAGAGUGCUGGGUCAUGUUGACCCCAUAGAAGGAGGUCAGUUUAGAAGGACACAGGUGUAUGUUGGGGGUCACAUUCCUCCUGGACCUUCAGAAAUACAGAGGCUUAUGAUUCAGUUCCUAGAAUGGUUGAAUUCUGAAGAUGCUCUAGACUUGCAUCCUGUCAGAUAUGCAGCUCUAGCCCACUACAAAUUAGUCCACAUUCAUCCAUUCAUUGAUGGCAAUGGUCGCACAUCCCGUUUGCUCAUGAACCUGCUACUGAUGCAGGCAGGAUACCCACCAGUGAUAAUUGCCAAGCAGCACAGACACCUCUACUAUCAGCAUUUACAGACUGCCAAUGAAGGAGAUGUCCGACCUUUUGUUAGAUUCAUCGCGCAAUGUACGGAACGGACCCUAAACUUGUACCUAUGGGCGACUAGUGAAUACUCCCACAUGGUGCCCGCCAUCGGGGAGCCGCACAUACUUACAGGCGAAGGAUUCGAAGAGGACAUGCUCUGAACGUGAACUACACAUUGCAGGACUACAAAAAUGAAUAUAAACUAGGUAUAAAAUUAUAAAUUGAAGAAACACCACUCAAUUUGAAAGUAUAAAAUAACGAUUUCAAAUUGAGUUGUGUUUUCCUGUUGAUUCGUUAUAAAUAGUAUUUAUUAUGUGAAUGUCUUGUUUAGAAGUCUGAUCAAUAUCUAGGUUAGAUUUUAGAUGUGUGACAGGAUAUUUAUGUAUUUUUAACUGGUUGAUGUUAAUGAAAUCAGAAUGCCUUAGCCUUGAUACCUCAAUUUAAUUGUAACUUCGCGAAAUUUAUCAGUCUUUUACAAGUAGGUUUUAGACGAUUUUUAUUUCAUGUAUCCUUGGUUAUGAAGAUUGUCAUAAUAAUUAAAUUCGUGUAAAUAGGUACUACCUAAAUAUGAAAUGUGCAUUUCGAUUAGUUGCUAAAGUGUAGGAAUGUUUUCUUCCAUAAUAAAGAAUACCUGCUGGCAGGUAGUUGUAAGUAGCCAUAUGCACUCGUUAUAACAAUACGUCAUAUUCUAUGAUAUAAAAUCAAAUGAAUGUACAGUGACUUAUUAGAUAAAUUGGUUCUAAUAUUUUAUUUUAUUACUAACAAACCAUUGAUUAAAAUAUCAUGAAAUAUUUUGUGAUGAGCUCUAUUCUUCGGGCUACGAUUAAAAUAAACUUAUUAGGAUAAUUUGUAUAUUUAUAACUUUAACCAAAGAGAUCGCCUUAUUUGAGUGGUCGCCGCAUUCCUUUACAAUACCUAAAGAGUUGAGAUUAUAUACUUCUGUUCGAGAUUAUUGUCGCAAGAACCACAAUAGUGCUUCCACAAAUGUAUGCAUUCCUAAGCAACUUUAUUUCCUACGUACAGUCAUAAUAUUAUCAGCAUUUAUUAUGCAUGUUACAUUUAAAUACUUGUAAAUCGUGAAAUUAAAUUAGGUUUGUUUUGCUUCUGUAAUCGAUUUGUUACUGUCCAUGUAUUAAUUUCAGGCAAGUUAAUCUCAACUCGUACACAAAAAAUUAACAAUAAAAAAAGAAAAAUACAUACCUAAUAAUAGUUUUUACACAUAAUGGAAUUACAUUUUCAACUUUAAAAACAUUGGUUUUAGUAUAUCUGAACAUCACUAUGUAUGUGCUGUGAUAUUUUUAUUUAUUUAUUUCUUAAAUUAGGAUUGCACAAAUUGUCGAGUGAAUUAGACAACGGUAGUCGACAAAUUGUUGAUUUGUCUUGUAUAGUAGUAGUAUUAGACAAAAUUCGACUUUUAAGUUGAAACACUUGCGUGCUAUUUCUGGUUAUACUAAAUUGUAUCACAUUAUGUUAUCGAUUUAAAAUACUUUUGCCAUAAUUUAUUGACUUAUGUACUGAAAAAUUGAAUUGUAUUGUAUUGUAAUUUAAUUAUUUUUUCUGUAUUUAAUGUGUAAACAGAACUUGAUUAUUCUAUAUUUAAAAUAUCAUUUGAAGAUACGAUUUUGGAAGUGUUCUUUCCGCCUACUAAUAAAUGCAUAGAAAGGGCCAAUGAGGUUAAAAAUUAGGUAUAUGAGAUUUAACAAUAAUCAUGACAGAUUAUUACUAGGUACUUAAAAAGGUCCACGGCUUACUCGAGUACGCUUUUCGGAGAUUAUAAAUACAUUAUUUCUUUGUUAAUCAAUGUCUUUAUGUAAUAUCUGUAAUAUCAAACAACAAAUGUCCACUCCAAUUAAUCGUUCUGGCCAUAUAUUACCUGUAAUACCACAAGGAACAAACCGUUCAUACUUCAUGUUUAUAAACCGUUGGUCCACAUUACAGUCUGUAACAUUUCUGUAAAAACCAUUAGGUACUUGAUUGUACGUGAAACUUCCUAUAAAUUAUUAUUGUUGCGUUUAUAUUAUUAAUGUAAGUUUUGAUUGUGUACUUAUAUUAGUCUAGUUUGUGUUGUCUUCCAGUAUUUACUUGCGACUAUUUAUUUGCAUUUCCAUGAUACCAGUACAAACUUGCUCUAAAAUAUAAAUGCUAAGUACUUUGAAA